ACUGUCACUCUCACGUGGAACAUAUUCCAUCAUAAGGAUGAUCGAUGAGAGAUCCCAAUCGGAAUGAUCAUCCUCGAUUUGGCGCGAUACUCGUAGAACGCGGAAAUCCCCGGUCGGUCGGGUGCAUCAAGUUUCGCGCGAUGGAUCUCAGAAUGUCCUAAACGGGAGAUCUCGCGCGACGUUGGACCAUCCGCGACGGGGAAAGGGAGAGAAAGAUCAGAGAAUCGUGCGAAGUAGAAAGAAACGUGGAGUCGAGUUGGUCGAGUACGCCACAAUACCGGAAGACCUACCUGAGGUGAUGCGGCCUGUCUCAUGCCCGCGCGAGUCGAAGAGGUGCGCGACGAAUCACGAAAUCAAGGUGUACGACAUCGGGGGCAUGGGACAACGGCUAGGCCAUGGUAGAGAUGGGUAGAGGGGACAUCGAGGCGAUGGAGGGAGUCGCAGGUUGCAGGGAGGUGUAAGGAGAUACCGACGAAGAAGUCCCAGAAGUUAUUAUGACGAUCAAACGGUCCGUAUUAUUGAUACAGAAGGGAGAAUAUGAUAAAGCAGAGCAAAUGCUACACUUAGCGUUACGCCAAGCACAAACCAUACAACAUUAUGAUGCUGUCACAUACAUCUAUGAUGUAAUGGCUAAUCUUGCUUUCGACACUGGAAAAUAUCGCAAAGCAGAACAAUUGUUCAUAUCAGUUUUGCAAAGGCUGAUGUCGAAUGGAGCUACAGAAGAUGAUAUGCGAAUAAUCCAUAUAAGCCUGAAAAUGGCCAAAGUAUUUGAACAUCUUGAUGAGCUAAAAAAAGCAGAGCUGGGUUAUAAAUUUUGUAUGAAAAAUUUGGAAUCGCACAUUGAAAAAGAUUCUGAUAAUAAAGAUGUUGUGUUGCUACAAGGUAUAACUUUUGAUUGGUAUGCACGAAUGUUACUUUCACAAUCUCGAUAUACCGAAGCUUUAAAUUAUCUCCUUCAAGCUUAUAAUAUAUGUAAAAAAAUAAAUGGUGAAGAACACGAACAAACUGUUGUUCUGCUUAAUGAUUUGGGAACAAUUUGUUGCAUACGAGAAGAAUAUGAUGAAGCUAUUAAAUAUUUGUCUACUGCAGCAAAAAUAGGGGAAAACUUACCUGAUAUGGUUGACUUGGGUUCAAUUCAUGUGAAUUUAGGAAAUGUGCUUCUAAAAAAAGGUUUAUAUGAUGAAGCUAAAAAAUCUUGUCAACAAGGAAGAAAAAUAGCUGAAAGUAAAGAAGACAAUGAUUCUUUGUUAGAAGCAAAUGAAUGUCUCAAGGAAGUAAAAAGAUUACUGUCGUUGUAAAUCCUUAUGAUUAUCUUAGUAGAUAGUUGUUAAAAAUAUAUAUGUUUAGAGAAGAUUUAGAGAAUUUGUAUUGUAAAUGUAUGUAGAAAAAUAUUUAAAGAAUUUUAAUGAUUGUAAUAAAGGUCUGAUGAAAUACAAUUUUUUAAAUAAAA